GCGGCAUAAAGAAGCUGGGGAGCAAGAGCCCGGGAUUGGUGCUACCGGAGCAAAGAGUAAGGAAGGGAGAGCCAGCAAGGAAGGAAGGAAGGAAAGAGAGAGAGAGAGCAAAGGCUGCUGCUCCCAUCUCCGGAAAAGGUGAAGCAUUGAGGAGGGAAAGUUGGAAAGGGGGAGAAAGGAAAGGAUCGGAGGUUUGGGAAGGAUGAGCGCGGAGAGGCGGAAAAGGAACUGAAGCCAAGGAGAGAGACUCGGGAAGGGAGUUAGUAGUGCAUUGGCUGCUCUGGUUGUGCUUCCCUUGCUUUGGAGAGGCGAAAAGAGGACUGAGAAGCCAAGGAGAGAGACUCAAGAAGGGAAUUGGUGCCUGGGCUGCUCUGAUUGUGCUUUGGAGAGGCGGAAAAAGGACUCAGAAGCCAAAGAGAGAGACUCGGGAAGGGAGUUAGUGCCUUGGCUGCUCUGGCUGUGCUUCCCUUGCUUUGGAGAGAGAAAGAGAACCGAGAAGCCAAGGAGAGAGACUCGGGAAGGGAACUGGUGCCUGGGCUGCUUCUCCUUCUGUUUCCCUUGCUUUGGAGAGGCGGAAAGAGGACUGAGAAGCCAAGGAGAGAGACUCGGGAAGGGCACUGGUGCCUGGGCUGCUUCCCUUGCUUUGGAGGCGCCCUGGCUCUCGGCGAGGCAGGUUAGUGGCCGAAGAGGCGCGCUCUCGCUCCGUGUCGGGUCUCCUUCCUCCUGCUCGGAGCCCAGCAUGGAUCGGGCUUCCCUCCUGGCUCUCCUGGCGCUUCUCCUGCCUCUCCUCCCGGCCUGGGUGGGCUCCUCUUCUUCUUCCUCUUCGUCCUCCUCCUCCUCGGCGUCCGCUGCCUCCUCCUCCUCGUCCUCCUCCUCGUCCUCGUGCCAGGAGAUCACGGUCCCGCUGUGCAAAGGCAUCGGCUACAACUACACCUCGAUGCCCAACCAGUUCAACCACGACACGCAGGACGAGGCCGGUCUGGAGGUGCACCAGUUCUGGCCGCUGGUGGAGAUCCAGUGCUCGUCGGACCUGCGCUUCUUCCUGUGCAGCAUGUACACGCCCAUCUGCCUGGAGGACUACAAGAAGCCCCUGCCGCCCUGCCGCAGCGUCUGCGAGCGGGCCAAGGCCGGCUGCGCCCCGCUCAUGCGCCAGUACGGCUUCGCCUGGCCCGACCGCAUGCGCUGCGACCGCCUCCCGGCCCAGGGAGACCCCGAGACCCUCUGCAUGGACUACAACCGCAGCGAGGCCGCCACCCCGCAGCCGCCACGGCCCCCGCCGCCCCCGCAGCCGCCCAAGCCGCCCCGCAAGCCGGCCCUCCUCCCCCCGCAGGCGCCCCCCAAGCCGCCCCCCAAGGCGCCCCUCCCUCCGCCCUGCGAGCCGGGCUGCCGCUGCCGCGCCCCCAUGGUGUCGGUCUCCAGCGAGAGGCACCCGCUCUACAACCGCGUCCAGACGGGGCGCAUCCCCAACUGCGCCUUGCCCUGCCACAACCCCUACUUCACCCCCGACGAGCGCGCCUUCACCGCCUUCUGGAUCGGCCUCUGGUCCAUCCUCUGCUUCCUCUCCACCUUCGCCACUGUCUCCACCUUCCUCAUCGACAUGGAGCGCUUCAAGUACCCCGAGAGGCCCAUCGUCUUCUUGGCCGCCUGCUACCUCUUCGUUUCGCUGGGCUACCUGGUCCGUCUGGUGGCCGGGCACGAGAAGGUGGCCUGCAGUGGUGGGGCGGCAACGGCGGGGCCUUCCGGUGCUUCGGGCGCAUCUGCAGGGGCAGCGGUUGCAGUGGGAGGUCGUGGGGCAGCAGGAGGUGCCGCUGAGCUGCAGCCGGAACUGGCCGGUGCUGAGCAUGUGCGCUACGAGAGUACGGGCCCGGCACUCUGCACCGUAGUCUUCCUGCUGGUCUACUUCUUCGGCAUGGCCAGCUCCAUCUGGUGGGUCAUCUUAUCCCUCACUUGGUUCCUGGCAGCGGGCAUGAAGUGGGGCAACGAAGCCAUCGCCAGCUAUGCCCAGUACUUCCACCUGGCGGCCUGGCUCCUGCCCAGUGUCAAGUCCAUUGCAGUGCUGGCCCUCAGCUCAGUGGACGGCGACCCCGUGGCCGGCAUCUGCUACGUGGGCAAUCAGAGCUUGGAGAACCUACGGGGGUUUGUGCUAGCCCCGUUGCUCAUCUACUUAGCCAUCGGCUCCAUGUUCCUGCUGGCUGGCUUCGUCUCGCUCUUCCGCAUCCGGAGCGUCAUCAAGCAGCAGGGAGGGCCCACCAAGACCCACAAGCUGGAGAAGCUCAUGAUCCGGCUGGGGCUCUUCACUGUUCUGUACACUGUCCCGGCGGCCAGCGUGGUGGCCUGCCUCUUCUAUGAACAGCACAACCGGCCCCGCUGGGAGGCCACCCACAACUGCCCUUGCCUCCGGGACCAGCAGCCUGACCAGGCCCGCCGGCCGGACUACGCCGUCUUCAUGCUCAAAUACUUCAUGUGCCUGGUGGUGGGCAUCACUUCCGGAGUGUGGGUCUGGUCUGGGAAGACACUGGAGUCCUGGAAAGCCUUGUGCACGCGGUGCUGCUGGGCCAGCAAAGGGACGGCUGCCGCCGUGGCCUCUGGGAACAUUGGUGCUGUCGUGGGCAACGGCGGCAUGGGGGGCAUGGUGACAGCAGCAGCGGUGGGGGGACUCGGGGGCGGAGCGGGCUCCAUGUACAGUGACAUCAGCACCGGCUUGACGUGGAGGUCUGGCACUGCCAGUUCGGUCUCGUACCCAAAACAGAUGCCCUUGUCCCAGGUGUAAACAAAAGGGGGGGGGCACCAUGCUUUUGAAACUGUUUUUUGUCAAUGACCUUCCUCAUGGCCUCCCCACGUGCAGGACAAUCGACCACUACUGGAGGUUCCCAAGUGCCAGAUCGCUUCCCUGAGCCCCAUUCCCAAGUUCAUAUUCCUUGCAAGGAACUACCAACUUCUGUUGUGGAAAGUGAGAUAGGAGUUGGAAUCUGUCAAGACCAAGACUGCCCUCACCAAUGGGGCAAGAGACCCUCAGUUGGGAAGGGCUUCUCUACUUGCUUUUGCUCUUCCCUUCCAACUUUAGAGGUGACAUCAGCAAAAGUUGCUGGAGUCUGAUAUGACUGCAAGGGUGGGAGGGAAAUGGGGGGGGGGGCUACAAAUGGGCAGAUGCCUUAAAUUCAAACCAUGUCUUAAUUAUAUGCCCCAGAUAAAUACGGGUCUCUUAUGUUAAAGGAUGUAUUUAUAUAAUUAUUUGGUACCUUGUACAAAACGUGUAAGAUAUGUAUAUAAUCCAAAUGCUAUACAGUCUGUAAAUUUUUUUUGUUAAAAGAAAAAAAGUUUAGAGGCUGAUCAUCACUUGCUCCCUCCUAAGAGCAACUAUUUGAGUAUUCUAUUUUGUCAAUAAAAGGAGAAAUGAUUUUAUUGGAA